GCAGCUUAUCCUGGUCAUAUUUGACCAAAAUAAGGUCUUUGGAGGCAGGGAAUGUGGACGUGUCAAAGUUUGCCGAUAAAAGGAGGGAGCAGCACAGCUGGUGAUGUGAGAUGGAGCACGCAGCAGCAUGUGACCUUUCUUCCUGUGUCUCCUCUUCCUAGGGCUGGCUGGUGACAAUUUCUAAGGUGCUGAAAGUUUCAGGCUGGAGGUUUUCCCGUGCCCUCUGUAGCUGCUGCCCGGUGCUGCCCUGGGGAGAAGCAGCGGUGGGAAGGCGAGUGCUGCCCUGAGUAGAAGCAGCGUUGGGAAGGCGAGUGCUGCCCUGAGGAGAAGUAGCAUUGGGAAGGCAGUGCUGCCCUGAGGAGAAGCGGUGGGAAGGCUGCUCCCCCUUGCCCUAGGGGUGCCAGGGUGCGGCUCAUCGCAAGGCCUGUUGUGCUUCCCUGCACCGCCCACCAUGGAGACACUGUCCCAGGACUCGCUGCUGGAGUGCCAGAUUUGCUUCAACUAUUACAGCCCCCGCCGGCGGCCCAAGCUGCUGGACUGCAAGCACACGUGCUGCUCCGUGUGCCUGCAGCAGAUGAGGACCAGCCAGAAGGACCUGCGCUGCCCCUGGUGCCGCGGGAUCACCAAGCUGCCUCCGGGCUACUCCGUGUCGCAGCUGCCCGAUGACCCCGAGGUGAUCGCCGUCAUCGCGAUCCCCCACACCUCGGAGCACACCCCCGUCUUCAUCAAACUCCCCAGCAAUGGCUGCUACAUGCUGCCCUUGCCUCUCUCCAAGGAGAGGGCGCUGCUGCCGGGAGACAUUGGCUGCCGCCUCCUGCCCGGCAGCCAGCAGAAGUCCCUGACGGUGGUGACGAUCCCCGCGGAGCAGCAGCCGCUGCAGGGCGGCCUUCCCGCCGAGGCCGGGGCGGAGGAGCCGGACCGGAGAGGCGCUGUGAAAAGCUCCACCUGGUCSGGGGUGUGCACUGUGAUCCUGGUGGCCUGCGUCCUGGUCUUCCUCCUGGGCAUCGUUCUCCACAACAUGUCGUGCAUUUCCAAGCGCUUCACGGUGAUCUCCUGCGGCUGAGGCGGCGGGGCUGUGCUCCCCCGUGGGCCGGGUCGGGUCGGUGGUGGUGGAUUGAGCGAGACAAUUGCGUGCAGCUUUCCCCAGUGACUGCAGGACGCUGUGCACCGGGGUGGCGGUGCCUGCCUGGCUGCAGCCCCCGGAGGGGUGGCAUCGGGCCUCUCGGCAGCCUGCGGGUAAAAUCACGUCCCGUGUCUGGCGGCAGUGGCACUGAGGAGGACUGCAUGUGUCACCGUAACCAUUUAUCAAAGGGACUGCAACUUCACAGUGAUUUUUUUUUUUAUUGUGUUACGAGAUUAAAGACCUCUGUGUAGCUGGUUAUACUGUGAAGUAUACAGUACGGGCUCUUCUUUAAACACAGUAUAUUGAAAUCAAAACUGCUCCACAUAGAAUUAAAUGAGAACUGGCGCACAACUGUACGAGGUGUUCAGUACCAGUCCACACGUGCAUUAGUUUUUAAUGAGGGGAGGGAGGGAGAYUCAUAGAACGCAGAAAUCAUUUAGCUGGUAAAGCGUUUUAUAUGUUUUAAAUGGCUCAUUAUUUAAACCAAGUUAGGGAGCUGACAAUAGUUUUUAAAAGGAAGCAUUUUACAAGCAAUCAUUUCCUUCCUUGGUGUUUGGUUUUUGCUUGCUUUUUCCCCAUUUCUUUAACUACAGGGAAGUGGUAAUAUCCAGCAUCUUUUGUUUGAAGGAGCUUCUGAGGAUGGAAGCGAAGUGGGCUAGGAGAAAUACCUAAAAAUGCAGUCAAAACAGCUCUACCUAAGCAGCUUUAUGUGAAGGAUGGGUUUGCAUGGUAAAUGUUGSACAUGCUGUUUUACCUCCAGUCUGGCUGCAGACUUCCUGAUGACCUGGCUGUCAUAGCUAUUAGUGAAGAAGUGGGUCAUGAGAAGUCCUAGGACUCGUGUGAGGAUAACAGAUUGUUCUUAAUUUUCUUUCACUAGAGGUUGGGUUUUCUUAGUUGUUUUUAAAGAAUUUAGACCUAUUUUGCCUCCCUUUUUCCUAGGAGAUGCAAUUGUGUACUCAUGGGUGGUAGGACAGAGGUAUUGCUCUAAGAAAGCUUCACCAUUGAAAUUGAGAACAAGGACUCUUGUAUGCAGUCAUUUGGUAAGAGGCAGUGACAUUUCUGGGAGAAGAACCUAGGCCAGCCUAACCUUUUACUGGGUGGAACACUCCUCCUAAAAUGCUGUGGCUCUCCUGGUGUCAGAACAUCCGGGUGAGCAUAACAGAGCCUCUUCCCAUGUUUCAGUCUUAUUAAUAUUGAUGUUCAUAAGGACAGAUUUGAAAAACAAACACAGGAAGUGUCUCCCUYCACCUGUGACUGCCAUGAAACCCCAGUCAUUUGCAGUUCACUUCUUGGGAAGAGCCAAAAUUCCUGAACGUGCACUGCAGUGGCACCUUGCUAUAAGCAGUCCCACUAGCUUUAGUAGUGCUGCUCAUAAGUAAAAUAGAGCCCAGUGUGAAUUUGGGUGUUUGGCAAGUCUGAAAGCUGAAACUAAUGUGAGAUUUAGGGAUUGGAUCAAGGGGCACAUGGCAGACCUUUACUAAGACAGAAAAACCUGUUGAUUUGCACUGCUUCUUUUGUGUGUACAAGGAUAAUCUCUCCAAAGCGUGUCCUCCUGUCUACCUACUGCUUUUUCUGAUUCUUAGAGAUUGCUGAAUGCCAUAUUAUAACAAAGUUUGGACUAUGCAGUGCCCAAGUUGGCCCCAUAGUUGUCCUUGGUUUUCUUGUUAUGUCACAAAAUCCAGUUGCUGGUUCACAAUAAACAUUCUCAGUUCAGACUUCUGUCAGGAACAUACCUCUAACUUCAUGCUGGAUUUCUGUCCUUCCCUGUUCCUAAACCACUGUUUUCUUCCUUGAUUCCCAUUAACUGAAGAAUAGAAUAUAGGGUGCUUAGUUGCUAUGGUAUGUGUUUGGUCAUGUGCGGAGAGGAACCAUUUUGCUGAUUUUUAGCUACUGUCAUAUGUAUGCACAGAAAAAAAAAGGCUUCAGAUAACACACUCAAUGCCUUUAUUGUGCAAAGGCCCAUGUGCAGUAUGCCUUGAACCUGGCUUGCAAGUAUUGUAAAAUAUGGACACCACAGCAUGUUUCAUUUGGUUGCAGUAGGGAACACCAGGUAUUCCCAAAUGUGUCUUGUGAACGUGCUUGUCUCUCGUUGCCAGUAGGUAGCCAGAUUUCUACUGACAUCCAUGCUACGCUGCUUAUUGUGUAAAGGAAAGCCAGUUCACAAAAUUCCUGCCUUUCAUAAGACUCUUGAGGAAUGGACCAGACACAGGACUUGACCCUCUACUGCCUUAUCCUGUAGCAAUUGCUGGGUGUACCAGAAGCAUACGGCAUAGGUGAAAGAUGCUCUGAGAACAGCAYUGGUGCAUUUUGCUUCUGCAUUUGUUUAUCUGAGUUGUCAGUGAAUGCACAAAAAUGUGAGGCAGUCAAGUAGCGGGUCCUGGUGACACCGUGGUGAUAAUGUUACCUCCUUCCAGCCAUACCUGCCCGACUGAAGCUCUUGAGGCCGAGGAUUCUCUGGAUGAAGAAAGGCCCUCUUCAUCUCCACAUGGAGAGUGCAGAGGACUCAGAAAUUAGGUUAAAAUACCACACUGCAUAACACAUUAUACAACAGGCAGACCUGGAGUUUAUCCGGAAUUAAUGAUGUAAGUGUUAUAUUAGCAGAAUACCAUCCUGUAUUACGUAACAGAGUACAUUGUUUUGUUAAUAUCAAUUUCCUGUACUUUUUGUGCCUGCUGAAAUGCAUGUUUGACCUAAUUUCUGAUCCAGACAUUUGCCUGCUCACAGCCUUGUGUAAGAGCAAUAAGUAAAACCUCAAGAUUUUUGCCUGCGUAUACACGCAUGGUGUGUAUGUUCAUUCCUUUUUAUAAAUAGGAGUUCUGGAAAAGUUUUUGUUCUGGCUUUGGACUGUGACUAGAAUUUUAUAUUUGCAGCUGUCAUAUAUGUUAGAUCACCUAGCUUUUUUGCUGACUUGUGUAGAAAUGAAUUAAAUAGUUUGUUGUAAUGUACAGUGUUAAAAUGUUUCUCAAGUAUGUCAGUAGUCAUACUACUUUAAAAAUGCAGUGCAGUCUGUCCCAUUCCUUGGUUCAACACCUGGCAUUAAAAAGUGAUACUGCUAAUUUUUUUUAUUAUUAUUUUAAAAAACAGCCUUGUCUUUGUAAUUUUUUCUCUGUGGAGAAACACAUUURGACUUGUGCCAAAAUCAUCAGGUUCCAGGUUAGCUGUUGUUCUCUGGUGUCCAGUAAAAAGUCACUGCCCAGUUCCACCAAAAAGAAAGACAGAAACUUACUGUGACACAAUACUGUUCGAGAAACCAAAACUUAUGCUAAAAUGUGUGGGUAAUUAUUCAAGCACCUGCAUUUUUAGAGCACAUUACUCUGUAUGAAUGUGUAUUUAUUUGCUUGUUUAAUAGGAAGGAUGUGUGUGUUGGGGUCCAGCUUCAGCUUUUUUCCUGGAUGGUCCCAACUUCCAUUGUUGGCUUGUGCUUUGCUGGCAAACAGACUUUAGGGUUCACUCUGUGAAAUUUUGUUUAGUGAAUUUUAAAAAUUCAAAAUAUGCAAUUUUGGUAUGCAGGAUUUUUUUAGAAAUUGUGUGUUCAGUGAUUGUUCAUGCUUAACUAAGAUGUAAAGGAGCCUGUAUGUUUUGUAAACAUGGAGCAGUCAUGAGUCCAAAGUUUCAUCUUUAUUAAUGAAGCUCAGUCUGAAUAAAACGUUAGCAGGAAAAGAAUGAUAGCAAGUGAAUUGUGGUUCCUCUUUUACUUUGCCAUCAGAUGAAGAGCAUGGAAUGGAAUUUGGCAGARUUGCUCCGUAUUUUAUGAGAGGGUUGCUUAGAAUCAACACUCRGCGUUUUAAGACUGUGUAAAGUAUGGGUUGUGGUAAAUAAUAAAAGGGCGUUCAUGUUUUAGGUAGUAUGGAAUACAUAACCAGAAUUAUAGCUAAUGACUUCUGAGACGCAAAACUUUUUUUUUGUUUUAAUCAAAAUUUUUAAGUAAACUUUUUUUUGCUUAUGGAAGUGAGGAAUUGUUCCUUUACUUACGCUUGCAUUGUGCAGACUGGUACRCUGGUUCCCUCUUCCCUUGAGCCCCCCUUCCCAGGCACAUUAUUGCUGGAGCCAUGGGCAGCCAGCUUUUUUUGCUAGUGCAGAUGCCUUUCUGGAGUAGAGAUGGUCGAUACUACAUGCUGGUUUUGUUACAUUCACAGCAGGGCUGAAUCAAAAMCAAACAAUUAAUACAUGGUUUGAACUCUACUGUAGGUGUCCCAGAAGCAAAAGCUCCAGGCACCA